AUGAAAGAGAGGAAGGAAGGAAGAAUUGAUCGCUUCCCACAAGAAAGAAUUGCGGUGAGAAAACGCAAGGAUUCAAACUUAAUAGAGAUAGCGCGAGAGUUACAUAGUGUGCCCGCGGAGAAGAAUGAAGCUGUGCGUUUUGGGAAUUCAAAAGAUGCGACCGACGAGUAG